CGAGGAAGCCCUGUGGGGCAGGACGGAGGCGCUGCCAGAGCCCUGUCUCCCUCUUUUCUUCCUUUUGGCCUUCCCUUCUGGUGACCAAAAGGUGACCAGGGGACGCAGGACAUAGAAAUGCCCCCCAUUCUUCUCGUUCCAGCUGCCUGCAUGCCCACCCCUCAGCCCCCACCCAGCCAACCCAGCCUCCCUCCCUCCCUCCCUGCCAGCAUGCUGCCCGGUCCCUGCCCAGGCUCUGCACAGAGGGCAGAGGCCAUUCCCAGGAUGGCGUGGGCAUGGCUGGGAACCUCUCCUGACCCUUGCCAGCCCUGACCGCAGCUGCCAGACCCCAGAGAGGACGGGGGCCAGCACCGCCCCGCACUGCCCAGCCCUGCCAUGGAAUGUGGCACCACGGCUCACUCGAAAGUGGCAAGGCAGGAGCCGGUGGGCCAGGCGAGGAUGAAGGAGCUGCUGCCCUCACUGCUGCCACCCUCCUCCUCUUCUUCCUCCCCUGCCGCCUCUGUCCCACUGCUCAGCACCCACAGCUGGUCCAGGGCCAGGCGGAGCUGUGGCCGGGCUGCGGCUGCCCCUCGGGAGAAGAGGCCAGGCUGUGGGUGCGGUUGUCCGUUCGUCCCCCGGGGAUGCCGUUGAAAGCAGCAGCCUCAGGCUUGCGUGGGCUGUCUCUGCCUGGCCUCCCUCUCCUCGCGGCGCGGGAGCGCAGAGGGACAGGCGGAGCGCUUACUGGCUGUGGGCAGGAGCUGCUGAAGCUGGAGAGGCCACAGAAGGCGGGGUACGGCCACGUAGCGAGCGAGCGAGGCUACGUGUCUAGGAGGCCUCAUCUCGUGGAUGUCAGCUGCCACCAUUUCACCGUGGUUGCCCUUUCUUGUGCUGUGAAAGUACAAGACAGAUGGAAAGAUUCCGUAGUGGUCUGCAAGUACAAGGUUAUCCCAGGUGAGUUACCUGCUGUGGAUCAUCCCGGGUGGACUCCCUGGGCCACGAGUUUUCUCACUUUCGCCCUUCCAAUUGUCUCCCUGUCCCACUGGCGGCGGGAGAGCGAGUGAGCGGUCGCGUGGGGCUUCGUUGCCGGCUGGGGUUAGACCACGACACGAGGUGAGUCGCAAGCCCUGCCUGGCUAAUGCUGGAGGCUCUCUGCGUUCCUCCUGCCAUCUUGACGGGCCGUCCUUGUUCUUCAUUGCCGCUUUAUAGCGAGCGCCUCUUGCUCCAUAAGCAGCAGUACUCGGGCCGUGCAGGUGCUGCACGUUGCAGACAGCAAAGGGCAAUCGUGACGCUUGCUGGGGGGAGCGGCAAGGGGUGCGGAGCCACGCUCCUGUAGGGAGCAAAGAUGGAACCUCGAG